GGGGGCCGGCCGCGCGACCGCUUCACUGACGUCAAAACACUCCGCGACGGCGGCCGCGGUUGCUGAGGAGCGGCUCCCGGUGUCCCGCCGAUCCCGGCGUCCCGCUCGCCCCGGACCGACCGGCGAUCUUCUUGGACGUCCAUCAAAUUUCACUUUUUGAAUCAUGGAGGGAGAACAGAUUAUGGAGGGACAGCCACAGGUUCCUGAAAAUCCUCAUUCCGAAUACGGCCUCACUGAAAAUGUAGAGAGGAUAGUAGAAAAUGAGAAACUAAAUGCUGAGAAAACAUCAAAGCAGAAGGUGGAUCUUCAGUCAUUACCCACACGUGCCUACUUGGAUCAGACAGUUGUACCUAUCUUGCUACAGGGACUUGCUGUUCUUGCAAAAGAGAGACCGCCCAAUCCCAUUGAAUUUCUAGCAGCAUAUCUUUUAAAAAACAAGUCACAAUUUGAGGACCGAAAUUAACUCCAUAAAAAUGAGGACAGUUUGGCUGCUAGACUGAAAUGUUCAUUUGCCGCAAUUUGUUUUCUGCUGUAAAAAUCCUUUAGCCACGUUGUUGUCUUUCUUAACUGCACAAUUUGCUUUAUCUUUUGAGUUUAUUUAAUAAAGAACACUUUACAUUUAAUUGUUCUCUUGUUUUAAACUAGCUAUUAAGAGACUUUGGAAAUAAAAUACUGAAACUCCA